AUGCAUGCGAAGGGCCUCACUGGCUUCUUCUUAAUGAGAGCUGCAGGAAAUGCGGUUUUCAUGAUUUUCGAAGACUCUGCUUCAUUGAGAAGUGUGAAGAACGAUAAAUCAGAGACUCUCGCAAUGUGGUUCUCCAGAGUCGAAGCUUGGUCUGAGAGUUUGAACAUUGCUGAUAAGUGGGGUUAUUUACUAGCAAUCAACGAAAGCUGUCAGUCACCAUCAUCCUUUGGUCGGGCAAAAAUUCAAAUCCUCACAAAGGUUGAUGCGAGAAUUGAUGCGACGUUGGAAUUGAAGAUCACCAACCAAGGUUCCAAUUUUCUUUUGCUCUGCAGGCCAUAUUGGAGAUGCUACUUUCCAAAUACUCAGGCCAUAAUCUAUGUUGUUGAUUCAAGUGACACAGAUAGGCUGGUGAUAGCUAAAGAAGAAUUUCAUGCUAUCUUGGAGGAGGAGGAGCUAAGAGGAGCAGUAGUUCUUAUUUUCGCAAAUAAACAGGAUCUUCCAGGUGCAGUUGAUGCUGCUGCGGUGACAGAGGCUUUGGAGUUGCACAAGAUAAAAAACCGCCAAUGGGCUAUUUUUAAAACUUCGGCGACUAAAGGGGAAGGCCUUUUCGAAGGCUUGGACUGGUUGAGUAACACACUUAAAUCCGGAAGUGGCUAAGCUAACUCGUGUAUUCGUAGCUUGCGAAUUUACGGGGAAUCGUGUUUGCUCUGUAUGAUCUAUUAGAAAUUUGAGUCCUUGCAGAUUUACGGCUUUCUGAUUUUGAUUUCUUUGUUGAGUAAACUAGUAGAC